AUGAGAAAAGCUGAUGCCCUGGUUAUUGAGAAGAAAUGGAAAGAAUUCAAUGCUCUCUUAGCUGUUAUGAUCUAUGGUUCGGUGUUGUUCCCGAAUAUCCCGAAUUUCGUCGAUCUCACUGCCAUUUGCCUCUUUAUGGAUCAAAACCCCGUGCCUACUCUCUUGGCAGAUAAUUAUUAUGCUGUUCAUUCCAGGUAUGGGACGAAGGGAGCCGUUGGAGGCUGUUUACCGUUGUUAUACGAGUGGUUCACUUCACACUUGCCUAAAAGUGGACCGUUUGUCACAACAAGAGACUCACAGAAAUGGCCUCAAAGGAUCAUGGGACUUACGGCGAAUGACAUCGUUUGGUAUCACCUUGGGAAAGGGAUAGAGGAAGUUAUUACUAGAUGUGGUAGUUUUGACAACGUUCCCCUCAUAGGAACGAAGGGAGUUAUUAAUUACAAUCCGAGGCUAGCGCUGCGCCAGCUGGGUUUUGCACUAAAGGACAAGCCAUUAGACAAGGAGAUAUUUGAAUCUGUUUGCUUUAAGAAAGGGGCUGAUCCAGAGGGUCUGGAAAAAGUGAGGAGCGCCUGGAAUAGUAUUCAUACAGAUGACCGAACUUCCUUAGGAGGGAAGAAUGCCGUUGCUAAACAAGCCUACACUGAUUGGGUGAAAGAUAGAGUCAAGGAGCGCCUGUUGCCUUUCCCGAAGGUUAAACCAUUGUAUGAACAACCACCUGAAGUUUUAACUGCCACCGUGCCAGCUGAAGACUAUACCCAAGUACAUGUGGAAAACAUCCGGUUGCGUGAGAAGGGGCAAGAUGCUAAGAUAGAGUGCUUCUUGGUGAAUCAGAAAAGGGCUGAAUUAGCACAUGAGUUGCAGGGACGAAAGGGGUGUAAUUUCUUCAACUGGUACGAUGAAGAAAUGUCGGGUCGUGCUAAGGAGGUGAUUUUGUCACUGAUGAAGAGAAUUGAUGAAGACAAGAAGAAGGACAGUUUGAAGAUGAAACAAGAUGACAAUUUGAAAAAGAAGCUAAGAUUCUGUCAAGGAUUAGUUAUAUUAGUUGUAGUGCUCAUUGUAUGA